AGAUAUUGGUUAUACAAAUGCGAUGUUGUGAUAUGGCAACUCUGAUGAAGUCUAAAAAGCCUAAAACUAAAUGCCAAUAAGUAAUGGAUAAAAAAAUUGUCAGUGACAAGUGAAUUGAUAGAAAAUCCCAUUUCAUUUCAUGAAAGAAACGUAGAGAGAGAACGAUGAGAUUAUCUUGUCUUAAAAGCAAAUGUUGAGUGCUAUUUAUAAUAAAAGCAAUAAGUAAUCCAGCAAUACCUAAAUAAUCAGUAUGGCGGAAACUGAUAAUCUUAAUUCUUCUAACAGUCCCCCAGGCGAAGUCACAAAUGAAAACAGUGUUGUGGAAGCGAAUAUAUCUUCUGAAGAUGCUGUUGAUGUCAAUGCCCAAAUCGAUGAACAAAGGCGCAGGAUGCAGCCAACUAAGAUGGAAUCAUUUUUCGCCAUCACGAAGUCCUUGAUUAUUAGAGCAUUAGUGGUUUAUUUCAUAACUUCCAUGUUUCGGCAACCAUCAGCGCCCAAGACUGACUUAAGCAAUCCUACAGCAGCCCCUCGGGUUCCCGCUAUCAAUAUGUUUGCUAACGGGACUGUUUUAGAUAUGUAUUGCUAUGUAUCAGAAAGAGAAUUUUAUUCAAACUUAGAUGACUCUGAUUUAAUUUGGAAACAAACUGGAAUUAUUUAUGGUGACUGGCUUGGAGGCCCUAAUAAUGAUGGUACCUUCACUCACUCUACCACCAUUAAGCCUUCUGAUUCAUUAAAGAACAAUGGAUCAAUUUAUCUUCAUGUUUUUGUGGUACAAUCUGGAAAAUCACCUGACCCUAAAAAUAAAAAUGAUUAUGGUGGACCAUAUAUUACAUAUGGGAAAAAAAUGCUUAAUAAAUACAAGAAAUUGCGCUAUAUGAAGACACACAAUUUACUGACAGGGCAAACAGAAAAAUCGGCUGAAGAAAUAAUUAAAGCUGAAACCCUUAAAGAGGAAAUAGUAUCACAUUGGCAUCCAAAUUUAACUGUCAAUUUGGUAACAGACCAAACUAAUUGGAUGCAAGGGAGUGUUCCACCUCCAUUAGAUGAGUUCAUCUUCUUUUUACCAGAUGGAAAACAGUAUAAGCCUGCAGUUUUCUUGAAUGACUACUGGAAUAUGAUGCGAGAUUAUGUACCAAUCAACAAAACUUCUGAAUUAUUGAAUCUUGAGCUUACAUUUCAACCUUUGAGUCUGUUUAAAUGGCAGUUGUAUACUGCUCAAGCAAUGAGAGACAAAUUGAGUAUGUUUUCAGCACUAGGGGCUGAAGAGCAAGAUGAAGAGCAAGACACCGUCAAGGAAUUGCUACUUGACACUUCGCCAUACUUGCUUGCACUUACUAUCAGUGUUUCAGUUUUACAUUCAAUAUUUGAAUUACUUGCUUUUAAAAAUGAUAUCCAAUUCUGGAACAAUAGGCAGUCACUUGAAGGUCUUUCUGUCAGAUCAGUAUUUUUCAAUGUUUUCCAAUCUACAGUAGUGUUACUGUAUGUUCUUGAUAAUGAAACUAAUGUCAUGGUCAGAAUUUCAUGUUUCAUUGGUCUGCUUAUUGAGGUCUGGAAAAUUAACAAAGUUAUGGAUGUGAAGAUAAAUAGAGAGGAGCGUAUAUUUGGCAUACCAAAACUUAGUUUUACUGAUAAAGGAUCUUAUGUUGAAUCUAGUACAAAGCAAUAUGAUAUGUUGGCUUUUCGCUACCUGAGUUGGGCAUGCUUCCCACUUCUAAUUGGAUAUGGUGUGUACUCAUUGUUAUACCAGGAACAUAAAGGGUGGUAUUCUUUCAUAUUGAACAUGAUGUAUGGAUAUUUAUUGACAUUCGGAUUCAUCAUGAUGACACCUCAACUGUUUAUCAAUUAUAAAUUGAAGUCAGUAGCACAUUUGCCUUGGCGUAUGAUGACAUACAAGUUCCUUAAUACAUUCAUAGAUGAUAUCUUCGCCUUUGUCAUUAAAAUGCCAACAAUGUACCGUUUGGGCUGCUUUAGAGAUGAUAUUGUGUUUUUCAUCUUUUUGUACCAACGUUGGAUCUACAAGGUUGACCAUAAGCGGGUCAAUGAAUUUGGUUUCUCUGGUGAGAUGGAACAACAGCAGAAACAAGUAAAGAAUGGUACUCCAGCUAUUUUAGAAGCAGAGCAACCAGCUGAUAAGAAGAAUGAUUAAAUAAAAUUUAAUGUAAAUUAUCUUAGUCACAAGACAACCUCUCACUUAUUUUGAGUAUUUAGUGGUGGUGUGCCCAUAGCCAAAGCAUAGUUCUGAUUACAAAAAAAGCUGUGGUAGAUUAUGAGAAAUAUCUAUAUAAAUUCUAAUAAGAUAUCCUGAUAGUUGAAUAUUACUUCUACAUGUUAAUGAUUAAUAUUAAAUGUUCCCUUGAAUAAAAAAAAGUAUCUUGAGAUAGCUAAUGCUCUUUCAAAUCAACUUCAAUGACAUCUCAAUGGAUAAUGCUUUAUUUUGCAAAUAGUACGAAUUAAUUUGGGUUCGUCAUUGUCACAUAAAUAUGUAUUAGAAAACUAAAUUUAUGUGCAUAAGGCAAAAGCUUUUGAUAUAGUAUUUGUGCUGUUGGUGUAUAGUAUAUAAAAUUAUUCAGUUUGUGUUUGGAUUUCUUUUUAUCAAUAUGCUCCUUUAAUUUUUACAAUUGUGGAUUUAUAUAAAUUAAUUGUGUCAUGGUUUUCAAGUAUUAUUUCCAGAAUAAAAAAAUGACCUGUUAUAAGAGAUUUAGAUAAGAAUCUUGUUGUUACCAAUGCCAUGCAAACAAACUGGGCACUGCGAGAUAAAAGACAUUUUGAUUAAAGCAACAAGUAAUUAUUUAAAAUGUUAAAUUAUUGAAUUAGUUAAGAAGAAGGUUGUGCGAUAAGCAAUUGUUCUUGAUCUUCGUUUCUUUAUUUUUUAAUGUUAACAUUGUGUAUGUGCAUUGUUCUUCAGGUAGUACAUUUCUAUUAAGUAAUCUUAUAAGAAUAGUUAUACUAAAGUAUUGACACUUGCAAGUAUUCUAGUAAUUCACUCUCUAACAAUAUGUUUCAAUUUGAUAAACUAGAUAAAGUGAAUUUGAAAAGCAAACCUAGAAAAUGAUUGCGUAUGCGUUGUUUGCAGUAGAUAAAAUGUUGACAAAGAUAUUCUGCUGUUACUUGGUGCCUAUGGCACUACUUGCACCAUUUUUUAAAUUAUACCAGAGUAAAUAUAAUAGUCGAAGUACAUACCUACUUUGUUUACACUUACAAGUGUCAAUGAACAAGUUUGCAUUCAUAUUAAUUAAUGUUAUUAAUUAAUAUGAAUUACUUAUUCAAUUUUUAUUAUUAUUAUAAAAUAUUUAAUGUACAUGUUUGUGUUUUGAUGACACAAUGAUUUUUCUGAUAAAUUAUUUGGAGCACAAUAUAUUUAUUUUAC